CGUGCAUUCACUCUGUUCUGCCCAUAGUAAAGUCUCACAUCCAUGAGAGCUUGACACUGAAAGCAAGGGGCGACGUGCAGGAUAAGGCAGGAGGGAGGAGAGAGGAGGAGAGGUCCAUGUAAGCUCUAGACCUGAGUGAGUGUAGUUUGCAUUCACACAUUUAAUGUCACCUCGUUUACCCGUAAAGAUAGCGAGAAACUCAACUUAGAUAAUUAAAGCACAAAGUCCCAAGAAACAAAGAAAACCUAGAUUUCAAUGAAUAUCUGAGAGCAGAGUGGACGCUCAGUGAGGACAAGCCGGAGGCAGGAGCACUGUGCACAAGGGGAUCACCAUGAAACAUUGGGGUGCCUUCUUUCUUCUUUUGGGGACCUGCUUCAAUGGACAGAGUGUGUGUGAUGAGGAGAAAGGACAUCACGGCCACCCAAAAGGACCUGGAUCUGGCCAUUGGAGUUAUCAAGAUGAAGAAGAAUGGAAAGUUAAUUUCCCGCAUUGUGGGGGCUCAGAACAAUCUCCAAUUAAUAUCGAUACCGGCUCUGUGGUCUUUGAUCCAAAUCUGAAACCAAUUCGAUUGUCUGGGUACAACGUGACAUCUGCAGCAUCUCUAAGACUAAAAAACAAUGGGCACACAGUGCUCCUGGACCUUCCAGACAGUCUGCUUGUAUUUGAUGGUCUCCCACAGACAUUCCGUGCUGCACAGCUUCACUUCCAUUGGGGAUCCAAAGACAGUCCUGGGUCAGAACACACUGUUAACAAGCACAGGUUCCGAGGAGAGAUUCAUGUAGUUCAUUACUCGGCUGAGUAUGACAGUAUAAGUGAAGCCGUACAACGACGUGGAGGACUGGCCGUGUUGGCUGCCUUCAUUGAGGAGGGGACUGAAGAAAACCCAAAUUACGAGGAACUACUUUCCUACUUGGAGAAUGUGGCAGAGGAGGGUCAAAGCACAGAGAUCCCGAGGUUUGAUAUUCGUGGCCUAUUACCCCAGAAGCUGGACAGAUACUAUCGUUACAAUGGAUCUCUAACCACCCCACCCUGCUUCCAGAGUGUCAACUGGACCAUCUUUAACCAGACCAUCGCCCUGUCCGAGCAACAGCUUGCCACACUGGAGGACAGUAUACAUUCUGACCAUGACCACGUCCUGCAGAUGAAUUUCCGACAGCCACAGAGUCUUAAUGGGCGCCUGGUUCUGUCGAGUUUUGGUACAUCUGUGGUAGGAAGAAGAGCACCUCCAGGAGGUCCAGUUCCAGCGGCAGAAGCCCCUUCUUCUGAUGAACCAUCCAACAAUUCUGAUAAAGGUGCCCAGGGCAGUGAUGAACAUGGCCUUAGCACAGGUACCAUGUUGGCUAUAAUAUUUGGAGUCAUGUUCGCAGUGACGGCUGUGGCUUUCUUUAUAUACUUCAGGAAGAGCCAGACAAGAAAUAGAAGGUCUGGAUCUGAAAAUAAAUCCAAUGUUAUCUAUAAAGCAGCCACCACAGAAGAGAACGUGGCCUAAUGACGUACAAUGCGAAAUGUUUCACCGUUGUGUGUGCCUUAAUCCUGCAGUCUCUUCCAGCAGUCAGUGUCCUCCAGCAGGCAGUCUCCUCCAGCAAACUCCUCCAGCAGGCAGUCUCCUCCAGCAAGCAGUCUCCUCCAGCAAGCAGUCUCCUCCAGCAAACUCCUCAAGCAGUCAGUCU